GCAGGUGUAGAAAUGGUUGGCACGAAACCCAUGGACGUCAUGGUGCCCUCUCAGGCAGUUAAGUUCUUCGGAGCAGGCACAGCCGGCUGCAUUGCUGACCUCAUCACCUUUCCCCUGGAUACUGCCAAAGUCAGACUACAGAUUCAGGGAGAGGCUAGUAAAAUCGAAGGGGCCAGUGCAACAAAGUACCGAGGAGUGUUUGGCACCAUCAUAACCAUGGUGCGCACAGAGGGGCCCAGGAGUCUUUACAACGGCCUGGUGGCAGGACUCCAAAGGCAGAUGAGCUUCGCUUCCGUCCGAAUCGGCCUUUACGACUCCAUGAAGCAAUUUUACACACGAGGCACUGACAGCGCUGGGAUUGUGACUCGGCUCAUGGCAGGGUGCACCACUGGAGCCAUGGCUGUGGCUUUUGCCCAACCAACAGAUGUGGUGAAGGUGCGUUUCCAAGCCCAGGUACGAACGGCUGAUGGUGUCAGGAGGUACAACAGCACCCUAGAUGCCUACAGGACGAUUGCGCGAACUGAAGGGAUAAGGGGCCUUUGGAGAGGCUGCAUGCCCAACAUCACUCGUAACGCCAUCGUAAACUGUGCAGAGCUGGUGACCUAUGACAUGAUCAAGGAACUCAUCCUGAAGUAUGAUCUAAUGACAGACAACCUGCCCUGCCACUUCACAGCUGCUUUUGGUGCAGGCUUCUGCACAACAGUUGUCGCCUCUCCUGUGGAUGUGGUCAAAACACGGUUCAUGAACUCAGGACCUGGCAAGUACAGCAGCGCAAGCAACUGUGCUCUCACCAUGCUGAGAAAUGAAGGACCCAACGCUUUUUAUAAAGGGUUCAUGCCUUCUUUCUUGCGACUUGGGUCCUGGAACAUUGUGAUGUUUGUGACGUAUGAACAGAUUAAAAGACAAAUGACCAAGGCACAGCACAGCUGGGAGUCGCCAUUUUGA